AUGUCAACAUUUAGUCUUGACAAUUCAUUUGCAAUUAGAGCAGAGCGACUUUCUGGUCGACCACUGUCGGGCGUGUCCAGCAUGGUCCUGAUGUUCCAGCAUGCUACAUGUGGUGUUUUGAUACUCUUAGAGGUGGGUGUGGACCUUUUCUUUACUGACGUUCGACCGCAUGAGAAGAGGCCCGUUGACCGCGGCCUCUCUCCAUGCGGCGCAAGCGGUGCUGUUCCUAGAGAAGUCUGCUUGGUCAAUCAGAGUGGCACUGUGACUUCCAGUUACAUCUUCCACCUGCUGUUUUCGGUCCUUUCCCAUCGCUACAGGGCCUGGAAAGGAUUGCUAGACGCGAACGUCUCUCUCAGGCCUGCGCAGUGGAGUUUUUUUAGUUCAUAUCUAUCUCUCUCUCUCUCUCUCUCUCUAUCUAUCUAUCUAUCUAUCUAUCUAUCUAUCUAUCUAUCUAUCUAUGUAGAUGGGAUUCUAUAUCUCUUUUGUGAGUUUGCUGCUGGUGAUGGUAAUUGGGCAGGAGCGGAAGACUGUGAUGCACUGGAAGUGGGCACCUUUUUAAUGGGGACAUAUUCAUAG